UCAAUAUCUUUAAAGCCGUACUUUUUUUUAUUUCUAAUUAUUCCCACCACUUUAAAAUCUAAUAAUUCUCAUUAUUUGACCUUCGGGUGAGUACUUAUUAUAAAAUGAUAAAGGAGUGAAAUGCUGACACAGUUUUAAUUACGAUCAUAAAAACAUGGCAUACGCUAUGAUCUUUUAGCUAAGUUUGAUGGAUCCCUGGGGCUGUGAAACAAUAAGUACGACAGUUGCGUCAUCUUUCGAAGAUAACUUUAAACCAGAAAAACCAUUUGAUAAGUUAGAAGACUCGGAGGAGUAUCUCGCAGUGUUGGAGCGGAAACUGCAGGCCUUGAGAAAAAAGAACAAAGUGGUGGAAAAUCUCGCCGCAUACCGAGCUGACUGCAUCGAGCGAUUGAUGCGUGAGGGCUGCGACCUGGAACCGGUGGUCGGAGACACAGAAUCUGAGAAACUUCUGGAGGACUAAUAUUAUUAGAGCUUGUAAGUAACUAUGGCCGCAUCUACUAACAUUGAUUUAUCUGGGCCAUCUUUCUGCGUCGUGUCCGGCGCAUCUCAGGGAAUAGGUAGGGCUCUAGCCAUCGAAGUAUCGAAAUGCCUGAAACCAAAAUCUGUCAUGGUGCUACUGGCUCGCAAUAAACAGCAACUUGCGACUACAGCCAGCCUCUGUGAAAAUGAUGGAUUGAAAGUUCUCAUUAACUCUAUAGAUCUGUCGAUAGCAUCAGAGAAAGAAAUGACUGAUGUUAUCAUGCAAGCUCUGGGUGGACAGAAGGUUACCGAUUUUGCCAACUGCAUAAUAUUCCAUAACGUUGGCUCACUUGGUAACUUGGCUGUGGAGACGACUCGAAUGGAAAAUAUCGAGGAACUGAGAGGAUACUAUGAUUUGAAUGUGUUCAAAGUAAUAUCACUUAACACACAGCUCCUUAAAAUAUUUGAAGAGGUGGAGGAUAGGGUUAUCAUUGUCAACAUCACAUCACUGUGUGCCAUCAAGCCAAUGGGCGGCAUGGCUUACUACUGCAGCGGGAAGGCCGCAAGGGAAAUGUACUUCCGAGUACUCGCUGAAGAGAAACGGCACAUUAGGGUCUUGAACUAUUCCCCCGGCCCCGUCGAAACUGCCAUGAUAGAUUUUGUUCUUCAAGAAGCUGUUAAUGAAAACCUCCGAGAUGUGUUCACAUCAUUCAAGAACCAGGGAACAUUGCUGACACCUGAGAUAACAGCUAAAAAAUGUAUCAAGGUUCUGCUAGCAGGAAAGUUCAGUCCCGGGGAACACAUCGACUACUUCGAUGACGAAUAAGCUAAUACUCCUUCUCUCAGAUUCAGCUUUGAUCCAAGUUAGCCGCUUGCUUAACCGAUGCAUAUUGUUAAUGUAGCUCUCUCUAGCAUUUAUAUCUACAUUCCAUGUUUCAUGUAAUUUAUGAAUGCAAUUCAUAUAUAUAAUAAAUGCAUUGAAUUUG